AUGGCUAACGGCCCAAACCUUCACAGGUUUGGGUCCUUCUUCAUCCGCCUUGAAGCUCCCAUGAACAACAUCACCACCUCUCUGGGCCACACAGCCGAGCUUAUCUGCCGUGUGUCCGGCAACCCACCGCCCGUCGUGCGCUGGCUGAAAAACGAUGCCCCGGUGGUGCAGGAGCCUCGACGGAUCUCGUAUCGAUCCACGCCGUACGGAUCACGCCUCCGCAUUCGCAAUCUGGACACUACUGACACGGGCUACUUCCAGUGCAUGGCCACCAACACACAGGGGACCGUCUCCACGACAGGCGUGCUCUUUGUCAAAUUUGAUCCACUCCCUACUCUCCUGCCAGGAAGGCCAACGUAA